AUGUACCGGAUAUUAGCCGUAGCGCUUUGGUGUUUUCUGCAAGCAGAGGGCAGGCAUCCAGAGAUCACCCUUCGUAGCAGCAGCAGCAACAACAAUGGCAAUUUUUUGGACAAUGACAAAUGGCUGAGCACCGUUUCCCAAUAUGACAAAGAUAAAUACUGGAACAAAUUCAGAGAUGAGGUUGAGGAUGAUUAUUUCAGAAACUGGAAUCCAAACAAGCCUUUUGAUCAAGCCCUUGACCCAUCUAAAGAUCCAUGCCUGAAGGUAAAGUGCAGCCCUCACAAAGUGUGUGUCACUCAUGACUACGAGACAGCCACUUGUGUAAGCCGCAAACAGUUGGUACACAGCCUUCGGCAAAAGAAAGGAAAUCUGCCCCAGAGGCAUUGGGCUGGAUCAUCUAAUUUAGUUAAAUGCAAGCCAUGCCCUCUGACGCAUGCCAGCUCUGUUUGUGGUUCCGAUGGGCACACUUACACCACCAAGUGCAAGUUGGAAUUUCAUGCCUGCACAUCUGGCAAAAAUAUUGUAGCUCGAUGUGAAGGGCCUUGCCCAUGCCUUCCAGGACAAGAGAGUCCAAAACACAAGACUGAGGAGCCUGCUUGCACAGACAAGGAACUGCGAAAUCUUGCAUCCCGCCUAAAAGACUGGUUUGGCAGUCUUCAUGAAGAUGCGAAUCGUGUCAUCAAGCCAACAAGCUCAGAUUCAGCACAAGGCAGAUUUGAUACUAGCAUAUUACCUAUCUGUAAGGAUUCAUUGGGCUGGAUGUUCAACAAACUGGAUAUGAACUAUGACCUUCUCCUUGAUCAUUCUGAGAUCAAUGCUAUAUACCUGGAUAAGUAUGAACCAUGCAUUAAGCCUCUCUUCAACUCCUGUGACUCCUUCAAAGAUGGAAAGCUUUCCAACAAUGAGUGGUGCUACUGCUUUCAGAAGCCUGGAGGCCUCCCGUGCCAGAAUGAGAUGAACAGAAUUCAAAAGAUGGGCAAAGGGAAGAACUUGAUGGGUGCCUUCAUCCCUCGCUGCAAUGAAGAAGGCUAUUACAAAGCAACUCAGUGUCAUGGAAGUACUGGCCAGUGCUGGUGUGUGGAUAAGUAUGGAAAUGAGAUUGCUGGCUCUAGGAAGCAAGGGACAGUAAGCUGUGAAGAAGAGCAAGAAACCUCAGGGGAUUUUGGUAGUGGUGGAUCAGUGUUGUUGUUGGAUGACCUGGAAGAAGCAUACGAAGCAGCAAAAAAGGACAAACAGAAGAUACAUGUAAGAGCAACUAAUGAGGACGAUGAAGAUGAAGAUGAUGAUAAGGAUGAUGAAAUUGGGUAUAUAUGGUAGUUCCCAUAACCCUGAGGACUCAUGUUUUGCACAAUGUCACAAAUCAUUUUGUAUCUCCACAGAGAUAAUGGAAACAUCAGGCAUCACACACGAAGUUCAGUCAAUCUGUAUGGGCCUCCCAGUAUGCACACUGAUCUCCUUCCCAAUUGGGCUUUCCUUUCACUUUACUGGUAGCCUCACCUCCCCAGGCACACUGGAGAUCAGCAUGCAUAGCUGAAUCUGUCACUAAAGUGAACUGGGAAGACCUUUUGCAUGUGGUGCACCUUGUACACAGGGGGUAACUUUAUACACACAUGUGCAUUUGGGUUCCUGCGGCCAUCAUACCGCCAGUAAGGACAACUCUCUCGCCACUUGAUUUAAUUUUAUAUGCUCUGUAUUAAUUUGGAAGACCGUUUUCACUCUCAAAUUCUCCUUCUCUUCAGCAUAACUGCAUGCAUUCUUCUCAUCUGUUUUUCACUUUUUUCCAUAAUUAACCUAUUCACGCAGCAUAUCAUUUUGAAUGAAACAGUGACCACGGAAGGGAGGGACAGGGAGAUAGUCCAUGGUAAACUUCUUUCACACUAUAGCUUCCGAGGUUUUCCUAUGGCGGGUCCUUUUCCAUUGUGCCGUUUGCUGUCAGCUACCCCACUCUGCUUUCUUUUCAGCAGCUAAGGCAGGCGAUCUUUUUGUCUUGCUAUGCAGAACCUGUAAGAAAAGAUCAAAUUGAUUUAGCGUUCUGGCUUGGCAAAUUAUUUCAUUUUAUCUCUCCUCCUCAUUUUGCCUGAUGUUGUUUAGCGAAAGGAGAGCCGGAUGCCAAUAGUACUCAGUUAAAGUUCUCCCCACUGACUAUGAGUGUAGAGGACAAGAUCUCAGUUGACCUUUCAGCCCAUUAAUCAAUUUCAGUUCAGUUUAAGUUAAUGAAAGUGAUGCUGACUUUAAAAAUAAAUUGUUGAUUUGCAUGCUUACACACGAUGCUCACCUUUCGACUUCUAACAGGAGGAACCUCCUUUUCAACACAGAGCAGGAAGUCAUGCUUCGCAAAGGCGUUUCUUUGCUUCUUGUUAGACUUUUUGCAGACUUGCAAGUCUCGAAUUUGUUUUAAUCGAGUUUGCGCUAAUGCUAUGCAAGCUUCUCUCUGCUUCCGGAAUAGCAUACCAUUGGAUUGCUGAAAAUGCUUUUUUUUUUUCAUUUACUCUAAUGAUUCCUCAAAGGGAAGCACUGAAACUGUCAGAGGCACUAACCAUCAAAAGUAAUAAGCUGUCUUUCCUUUAUUUAAAAUUGUUAGUAUUUAUUUGCUUCAUUUUAGAAGAAAAAUAUCCUUAGGCAGUUGUUUCCAUGGUUAAUAUCAUUCCUAGUUAACAUCACAACAGAAACUUACACUCAUGAACCAGAAAAAGUGUGGAAUAGAAUUAUUCCAUAAAUGGUCCUGAAUGAUUCUGUAUCCAUAGCAGCAUCUUAUUGUACUCAAUUGCCAUUCAUUGUCGGAAAAUAGAUGUGCUACUGUAGGCAUUAUAACAAGUGCCCAUUUUUAUCUUAUUAAAUGCAAGGAAAUCAAUAAGUCUUUUAAAUUCUGAAAAAACUAAGGGCCAUCUCUACUUUAGUCUGUCUUAGGCCUCAGUCUUAACAAUAAAGACAAAUGCAAAAAUAUUUGUAUCCGAAUGCAAAUUUAAAAAGAAAGAAAAGUGUAUAUUAAAGAUGCUAUUCUUUGGUAUAAAUUUCUAAUGCUUUUUCUAAAUAAAUACAAUGGGCAUCUCCCCAUAGAUCAUUGCUUAUUCUACUACAACUUGGCUUAUUUAUGCCUUUUGUUUCUGGCGUGAUGUAGUCUGAGUUGCUUUUAAACAAAAGUUAUACAAAAAAGGCCUGAAAAUGAAUCCUUCAAAAUAAUAACAAAUGCAAGAGUUUAAUACUGCAGUUUUCACCUUGUUUAACUCCUCUUAGAGAGAGAAAUCCAAAUUUAUUGGCUGGAAGAAGAGGUGCUUCCCAGACAGAACCUUUUCUGAACCCCCCCCCAAAAAAAUAUUUCUAGUAUUUUAAGCACAGUUUGGGUUUUGAUAUUUGCUUCCUAAGAUUAUUUGAUAUUUGCUUCCUAAGAAAUCAAAUUUCUAUCUAUCAUCUACUGCGGAGCCCAAUAAAGAAAUCCAUAUAGUAGCUUUGAUUUUUUUUUUAAAGCAACACUUUAUCUAUAGCAACCCAAACUGUGAUGUGUUCUGUUACAUUUAAUAUGACAUACAAUAAAGCCAUUGGGCUCUGCCCUAAUUGCCAUUUGGCCUCUACUUAUAGCCAAUAAUGUCCAUUGGAGGUUUGUACAGAUUUUCCUAGCAAAGAAAUAUCAACUGUUACCUGAUUUUCUUACCCAGCCCUAACCCUCUUUCAAAAAAAAAAAAAAAGCCAUGAAACUAAUUUUGUUUAGAAGUGCUGCAACAGAAACGAGUAGCAGUUGAUGGCUACAUCCAGCAAAAGGUACUGGGUCAAACCUUGGAACAUUGCAAAGCUGUUACAUGUUGAUAUCACCUUCUCACCCCAAGUGCUGUAACAUAUCACACUUGUAAGGUACUUCCGAAAACCAAACCAUGUGAUGUUUUUCCCGGACUCGUGCUUAAAGUUCUGUAAAAUUAAUGAGAUUUGCUCCCGAAGACAAGUGAUGUUAAGUGCAUUGUACAAUAUGAAUUGCACUGGCCACAGUCUUUAGAUUUGGCUGCAGAGCUAUUAAAGAAAAGUCAAAAGCCAGUUGGAAGCUGUAAUAUAAUGACCACUUUUCUAUUCUACUGAUUAAAGGUGAGGUUUCUGCUUAAUAAAGCUCCUAGAAAUCAUCUUCCCUUUAGUUGCAAUGAAAUGCUGUUUGUCGUACACUGGAAAGUAACUUACAUUUAGCUUCAUUUUCAACACAAACAAUAACAUGGGAGAAGCUUUUUGAAGGGGUUUGCCUAUGUGUAUGUGCAUGUUUGUUUGGUGUCCUCCUGUUGCUGAAUAUUGAAUCAGUGAUUUCUCCUACUAGCACUCACCUCUGAAACUCACAGGAAAUUCUACUUAAAUCCAACAAUAAAAUCCCCACUGAUUUAAAAUGGAUGUAGUUGACAUGAUUACUUUCAUAAAUAAAAAGUCCUAAUCCGAAACUUAGAGGGGAAAAUCCAAAUUGGGAGAUUUGAUGGUUUAAAUGUAAUGUUAACAGUACAUUUCAUCUGAUUAUAGACUUG